AUGGCGCUCGCAUCUGACGACUUGAAGAUCAAAUUUACAGUACCAACACAACAGCCUCUAAUACCAGGAGACGAAACUCUUCUUCAUGUGGACUGUCAUACCGCAACUAUUAAGAGAGAAGCCAUCCAAGCUUUGACUAUGAUAUUCAGCGUACCGUAUUUCCUGCAAUUCAAAGGAAUCACCAGCUCAGCUGGAUAUGGUGAACCAUCUUCAUAUCGUAACGAAAGUGGUCGGCUGAUUGUAGAGUUCGCUCCUCCAAAAAAUUCUGCUAAUAUCAGCCUCGAUGUCACAUUUUUUGUGAUGAAACAAAGAUUAGUGCCCAGUGGAAGUGCGAGUACCUCAGCAAUUCACGUAGAUGUCAAUUACCGAAGAGGACCUCAAGAGUGUUCCCAGAUACUCCAUAGCUACAGGGAUGUUGAAAUAGUGGUUUAUCACCCAGACUGCCAGGAUUUCGGUCCACUGGGAAUAAGCGAUGGAAGUGUGAAAGAAAGCCAACUGAGUGUCUCCUCUCUGUUUCAAACAAGUUCUGAGAUAGGAGGCUACGAGCCGUACGGUGCUGGCUUACAUGCCCUUAAACACUGGGCACCAGCUCGAGGUUUCCCUUCAUACGAUAGACGGCAAUAUGUUCAAGUGGACUUCAGAGAAGUGAAACGUAUUGAAAUGGUGUCUGCACAGGGUCACCAUGAAGCAAAGGCCCCUAUACGAUCGUUGAAGUUUAGUGUGAGCAAUGAAGGAUAUCGAUGGAAAGACUACAGUGAAAAGAACGUAGAGUUCUACUUCACAUCUGGUGUUUUGGAAAACCCGGGAAAUAUGCUAAUUACAGCCCUUUUGAAGAUGCCACUGGAAGCACGUUGGUUUAGAAUCAGUCCAAGAUUUCCUGAUGGAUUCUUCGGGCUAAGAUUUGAAGUUUAUGGUUGUUCAGUGAAAAAACAGCCCAUUCUUUACGAAGAUUCUUCAUUGGGUGUUGAAUCUAAAGAAAUCACUGACCAGCAAAUGAAUUCAUCCUCUUAUGCUGGCGAGAAUUGUAAAGCAGCAAAAGCCCGAUUGAACCUGCAAAAUUUGCAGGGGGCCUGGUGCGCAAAGCAGCCUCCCACAGCUGAAUGGCUUUCAGUGAACCUGAUUACUAGUCACGUGAUAUCAGCGGUAAGCCAAUCGCGUUGA